CCGUGACGUCAGGAGGUAGGCGGCGGGGACGACCAAUAGGCGGCGAAGGAAGGAGCGGGCGACGCGCGAGGAAGGAGCCGAGCGAGCGCCGCUGCGGCCUAGGCCCCGACCCGAAGCCUGCCUGGAAGCCUCGCCGAGGAGGCCGGUUACCUCUUCAGGGGCACCAUGGCUCGACGGAUGCGCAACAGCAGAGCCUGGCACUAUGUCCUGAGCGGCGUGCGCCGGGAUGGAGACUCGCGGGCGGCAGCGUUGCCAUCUGGACCCCAUGGUUGGUCAUAUGAUUCUGAUGGGCAGCACAGUGAUUCUGAUUCAGAGCCGGAGUUCCCCCCGCUGCUGCCUUCCAUCCCCACCGCCAUCCCCGUGACGGGAGAGUCCUACUGCAACUGUGAGAACCAGAAUGACGCUCCGUACUGCCCCAACCCGCAUGCCAUCCACCGGAUCAUGGAUUGUCAGUGUGGGGAGGAAGACGAAUACUUUGACUGGGUGUGGGAUGAUCUCAACAAAUCAACGGCAACGCUAUUGACCUGCGACAGCCGCAAAGUGAAUUUCCACAUGGACUACAGCUGUGGCACCGCCGCCAUCCGAGGGAACAAGGAGCUGGCCGAGGGGCAGCACUUUUGGGAAAUCAAGAUGACCUCGCCGGUGUAUGGCACUGAUAUGAUGGUGGGAAUUGGGACAUCGGAUGUCAAUUUGGACAAGUAUCGGCACACGUUUUGCAGCCUGCUGGGCAAAGAUGAAGACAGCUGGGGCCUCUCUUAUACAGGCCUCCUCCAUCAUAAAGGAGACAGAACCAAUUUCUCAACAAGGUUUGGUCAAGGCUCCAUCAUCGGGGUGCACCUGGACACGUGGCAUGGGACUCUGACGUUCUUCAAAAACAGGAAAUGUAUAGGCGUGGCUGCCACCCAGCUGCAAAACAAGCGAUACUUCCCCAUGGUGUGUUCGACGGCAGCCAAGAGCAGCAUGAAAGUCAUCCGCUCCUGUGCCACGCACACCUCCCUGCAGUACCUGUGCUGUUACCGCCUGCGCCAGCUCCUUCCCGAUUACGUCGACACGUUACAGGUGCUGCCUCUCCCCCCGGGACUCAAGCACAUUCUGCACAACAAACUGGGCUGGGUGCUGAGCAUGAACUGUGGCUCGCUCCAGCCGGCCUCUUCUACCUCCUCGGGCAGCGAUUCGGACAGCUCCUUCAGCUCGGACGCCGAUGCUUGCCAGCGGAAGAGAUGCAGGAGGACAUAACGUUUCCAAGUUGUGCAGUGACUUGAAGAACAAGAGGGGCUCACGCUGGCCUCCAUCUGAACCUGUAUGCAAUUUUUUGUCUCUUUGGAACUUGCGAGCAUUUUUGCGAAGGCAAGCGGUUCGUUCCCAUAGCUGGAUCGAUGAUUUUGCUCGUCAACUGCAUUUUGCCAACUUUCCCGGAAGCUGCUGAACAGGACAGUGAAAUCUCCUCCCAGUCACAUUUGUGCGUGAAAAGUCGCGAAGCCAUCCCAUGUGUUGAGUUGCUUUUUCAUUUGCAACGUGCGAUGCCUCUGGUUUUAAGGCACGAGGACAACAGUAGCUAGACACAAGGGUUCUCACCUGUUUCUUUCCAGUACUUUUGCACAGACAGCUACUUGCUUAGAGUUGUAACUGAUCUUGUGUGAACCCUUCAGUUUCCUUUGGUGCUUUGCAUGUCUAACGUUUCCUGUAUUAAACUGUAUGAAAAUGUAAUUAAAGGACAAUAAUAAUAAUAAUA